UCUACGGACGACUUCUGCCUCUUUUGCUCUCUUCGACCUUCACUCUUCGUCAACUUAUUCUUCACGUAAAGCGUAUACCACUAAAAGCAGAAAAAUGGCACCCAUCCCACCCCAAGGCCCCAAUGGACGCAGUUCGCGCAUGCAUUCCAAAGUGGUAUGGAUUCUUUCGAUUUUCACGCGACAGGAUAGUGGCGAAGAUCGCUGACGAUGCAUCACGCGAACAGGUCAUUAUUGGCUCUGGACCAGCUGGUCACACGGCUGCUAUCUACCUUGCACGAGCGAAUCUGAAUCCAGUCAUGUUUGAAGGUUUCCUGGCCAAUGGUUUUGCUGCCGGUGGCCAACUCACCACUACCACCGAUGCUGAGAUAUUCUCUACAGUCGAGAACUAUCCCGGAUUUCCGGAUGGUGUUCGUGGCCCAGAGAUGAUGGAGAAAUUCCGCGCACAGUCCAUCCGAUUUGGUACCACCAUCAUUACCGAAACUAUCUCGCGUAUCGAUCUCUCCCAACGCCCAUUCAGAUAUUGGCGAGAGGGACAGGAAGAGCUAGAACCCGAUACCUCUGAUGCCGUGAUCAUUGCGACUGGUGCGAGUGCCAAGCGGUUGAGCUUGCCCGGAGAAGAUACCUAUUGGCAGAGCGGCAUUAGUGCUUGCGCGGUUUGUGAUGGAGGUGAUUCCGCGGCAGAAGAAGCUCUCUGUAUGUAUUUCGGCCUAUAUAUCAGCCCAAAGCUAAACUCGUCUCUAGAUUUGACGAAAUAUGGUUCUAAGGUCUUCGUCCUUGUCCGAAGGGAUGAGCUUCGAGCCAGUAAAAUCAUGGCCAAGCGACUAAUGUCGCAUCCUAAAGUUGAAAUUCUAUGGAACACAGUUGCAACUGAAGCGUGCGGAGAUGGUGAUCUACUUCAGAACCUUACCAUCAAGAAUAUCAAGACUGGGGAAGCAUCUUCAUUACCCGUUAACGGCUUGUUCUAUGCUAUAGGCCAUGAACCCGCCACUGCUCUUGUACGUGGCCAAGUAGAUACAGACUCGGACGGAUAUAUCGUCACCAUACCCGGGACCACACAGACCAACAUCAAGGGUGUCUUUGCUGCCGGUGAUGUCCAGGACAAGAGAUACCGACAAGCUAUCACCUCUGCUGGAAGUGGGUGUAUGGCCGCUUUGGAGGCUGAGCGACUGCUGGCCGAAGAGGAAGACGAGUCACAUGGCCAGGGGGACCAUUGA